CAUCGUUUUUUUUUUGGCUGGAUUUUAUUACAUGCAUCUUAGUAUUUGCACCUGCUAUAGACAUGCAUGCUCCAAAAUGUAUAUCUAGGGGCUUGGUCUGAGUAUAUUCUUGUGACUUUGUGAGCUAAGCUAACAUUUUGAGGGUGAAUUUUUGUGAUGGCCUUGUUUGUAACAAAUGUUGAGCAUAGUCCUGAUAGCAAGAGAAAAAAUUUCUUUACCAAUCAACCUAAAUGAUUGUUUUGUGCUACAUUACUAAGUUAUGGUUUCUUUGAAUGGUGCAGAAGAGGACAUCUUGAAUUAGAGAGAAUGGGAGAUGAAGUUAUUGAACUGGUAAUUCUAUCGGCUAUAAUGAAUUAUUCAAUUGUAGGGAAGUACAACAAUGACUAAAGAAUUAUGUUGCUGAAAGCUGCAUUAGGAGUUCACAACCUCGAAUUUUGAAGAUGGUUUCCAGAAAAGACCAAUAUGGUGAUGAAUUGCAGACAGUUUUAAUUUGCUAUUCUUGGUUGCUUUGGAUUUUUUGCAUAGUGGCUGGAUUACCGACAGUUCAGCAACCGAGGAUGGUUCUUUUAUGGAGUAUCAUGUGGAAAAAAAUACCGUCAGCAGAACCAAGAGAUCAAGGCAAAAAAAGAAGAAUUUCUCCAAUGAAAAAGAUUGGGGAUUCCAAUGAUUCUUCAUGUUUCCCGAUGGAGUUCAAACUGAAGACAGAUGAAAAUUUGAAUAUGAAGUAUGCGGACUUCCUGUUUGAAAUCAGCUUCAGAGUGCAAGGAAGAAGAUUGGGAGAAGGAUAAUAUCAAGGACAAUGCCUAUGUUAAAUAAGGUCUAUAAUGACGAUGGAGACCUUUUGCU